AUGGCCGAAGGACCACAAAAUCGUCCUCUCAAGUACUAUGCCAUCCCUUUGCAGGAUGAACCACAUAACAACAUUGUUGCCCCUGCCAUAGAGGAAAAUAAUUUUGAACUAAAACCUUCGCUGUUGUCAGCCGUACAACAAAACCAAUUUUCUGGUAGUCCCACGGAGGACCCGAACCUACAUUUGUCAGUGUUUUUGCAAUACGCAGACACAGUGAAAGCGAAUGGUGUCAGCCCCGAAGCUAUAAGACUGCAUGCUGCCGCAGGUGGUGCACUGAUGGAUAAACCCUACAAUGAGGCUUAUCAACUUAUCGAAAGUAUAGCCCAAAAUCACUACCAGUUGGGAAGUGAAAGAACCUCCAUAGAGAAACCUCUAAUGAAAGGCGGUAUGUACGAAAUAAGCAGUCUAGACCAUGUCAAUGCUAAGGUAGAUGCUCUUACUCAAAAGAUAGAAAACCUGACCAUAACACCCGCAGCCACCAUGGCUGUCGUAGCACCAAACUGCGAGAUAUGCGGAGUUCCUGGGAAUGGCACCCCUGAAUGUCAACUUUUGACAGGAAUCUCCAUAGACCAAGUGAAUUAUGCUCAAGGAAACCCUUACUGA